UUGCUCUCAGCCCGGGUGUCAAUUGAUCUGCUCAGUAGCCCGCUGGAACCGGGGAGGCAGUGCAGUGGUGGUUCGCGGCUGCCAGCGUGCGUGCGGGCUGAGCAGCGGCUCAGCGUGGCACACGUGGGUGUCUUUAGCAAGGUGAAAGAUUGCGGCUUCCUCGACAAGGCUCGGUUUAGACUCGCGGUGGCUCGGUUUUUCCUUGGUGGAGAUUUGCGAUUCUCCGGUGAGGCGUUGUUCGAACAAGGACGGUCGCUGGUGGUCUGUGGAUCUGCGGGAAAAGACUGUUGUGGGUGGACGAUGGCGAUCGGGAAAACGCCGGGAGGAGGAGAAAGUUGUUCGCUACUCGCUGUAGUUCAAGGGUCGGUCUCGUCGACGAAGGGAGGCAAUUGGUCGCGACUGUGUAAUGUUGGCGGGCUGGAGGAGAAAGGACGUGUGAAGCUGAUGGAAAUUUUGGAGAAAGAGGGCCGAGGGUUUGAAUUUUUCGGAUCUGUUCGAAUUUUGAGCGAGAAGAAAGGGUUGAUGGUUGGUGUUGCGAGAGAGAAGAGAUUUGAGAAUUGA